CCCGCCUUUCUACUUGGUUGUCUGACUGCUGGAGUCUUCUCUUGACUCCAGCCUUGGGGGUGCUCACCAGGGUGUCAACUUCACUUCGAAGCUGUGCUUGUGACAGACAUGGCAUGUCCUAGCCCGGAGGGAAGCAAAAGUGAAGCCUGGCCGAGGGCCCCAUGUCCGCAUGGGGGUCUUCGCUAACUUCACGCCCAGCCUGGGGACAAGGCUCUCCAGAUCUCUGCAUGGGGAUGAAGGCGGUGUCAGGCUGAAAGGGCUGGGGGGGAGGAGGGGUUCUGAUCCCACUCCUUCCCACCCUCUGAUAGCAGAUAUGUAUACCGAUGCAGGUGGGCAUCUCCCACAGUAAGCUGUCGGGGCUUUCGGGGGUCCCCAGAGCCCAUAGGGCAGGCCAUGCUAUGGCAAAGGAGAGCAUAGGCCCGAGGAGCCAGAUUCUCAGUGGCUAGGCUCUGGCUUCCAUCCAUUAGCAGAUCAAUGCCCAAGAUGGUGCCAUGCUCAUCUGUCACCAGCAAAAGGCAGGAGAGGUGCAGGGGGGCAGCCUCUGGGGAAAGAGGGACAAUUUGGGUGAGAGAAGGGGACAGAUAGUCACAGUCAGAUAUACCAAAUUUAGAUGCCUUGAGGGGCAGACAACUUCAAUGAGUAGAAGGGACUAGAUCAAAGAGGCGGUCCCCAUCUAAAGGGGGCAGCUGCUAUACAGGGCCAGCAUGUAAGUAACAUAGGUACCUAAUCAAAAUCGGGGUUUUUGUUUCUUUGUUAUUUCACGCCUGUGGGUGUUUUCUCCACAUGUAUGUCUGUACCUCACAUGCAUGAAGUGUCGGCGGGAGGCAGAAGAGGGUGUGGGAUCCCCUUGGAAAUGGAGUCACAGAAGGUAGUGAGCCACCAUGGGGGUGCUGGUGUUUGAACCUGGGUCCUCUGGAAGAGCAGCCAGUGCUCUUAACCUCUGAGCCAUCUCUCCAGCCCUAGCACCUGGAUUUUUCUUAAGAUUCAAGGUCUCUGGACUUUCAUUCUUUACAGUGCCUAGAUGCUGAUUCAAAUUAAAAGACAGAACCACAUCAUGGCAGAACUUCGGGCAUCAGACUUGCAUGAAGGUUACCAGCUUGUGACUCCUACUUGGGUUUGAGUGAUAUAGGAGGAGUACAGAAAGGUGUCUGGACAGGGGACAGGGCAGGGCCACCCUGGGUUCUCACCACUCCUCCGCCCUUUCCUCUUUUCAGGAGCCUUCUCAUCCUCUCCUCUGUCCUCUCGGCAUCCAGUAUCACAGCUUGUCUCUUGCUGGGUCACCUGUGACUCGGCUGGAGGCUUUGCUUCCUGGGGGAAUUCCCUGCUUGGACGGGCUGGCUCCCCACCUCCCUGUGGUUCCACCUUCUCUGUGCCUGAACUGGCCUUUCCAUUCUCCUCUUCGUCUUCUUCCUCUUCCCCUUCUUCCCCAUCCUCUAGGCUGACAAAACUGACGUAAGGACUCAGGUCCCUCAGGUGGAGUGGAGGCUCAUCUCCCAGGAGCCGGGAAGCCCCCAGGCCUGGUCCAGGACCUGGCUCUGCACCUUGCCCCAGGCUGAUGCCCACACUACGGUUUGGUUGGUCCCCAUGGUCCCCUUCUCUGCCACGAACUUGCGGAACCAGCCAAAGAGAAGAGCAGCGAAAUCAAGGAACUCAUCCCGGUAUCCUGACACAAACUCCAUGUUUUCAGACACACACAGGGCCUGGACCCAGAAAGGGAUGUCUGGUAACCGUCAGGAACAGGGUAGUGGCCAGGGUAUGGGCUGGGUCACAAAAAGGAGAAGGGUAUGUAUGGGUUUGAGAUAAAAUCUAUAGAGUAUUAGGAAAUGAGAAUAGGAUUUGCAGGGAUAAGGAUGGAGGGAAGCUAGAUUGGAAAGUGGAUAUUUAGGGUUAAAGAUGAGUACUCAGGGAUGAAAUCAUAGUUGGGGCACAAAACUCAGUGACUCAAAUCCUAAAGCGAGACUUGGCUUAAGACACGAGGUAAGGCUAAUCCUACGGGGAAAGGCUUCCUGAGAAGGGAAAAACUUGGGGUCUGUUGAUCUGUGGGAAGUACAAGCGAGAGUUAAGUACUGAGGCUUCUCUCGGGCGGGCGAGGAUCAGUUUGGGGUGAGCCCCAGUAAACCCACCCCUUUCCGGCCGCUCCUCUCCUCCGGUACCUGCAGCCGCCGCCACUUUUCGAAGGUAAAUACCUCGUGCUGGAGGACCGCGGUGACGUCAGGGCUGCCCGAGCCCACUGCUCAUAACUUGGGUGGCAUGCUUAGGGCGUCCGGCCAGUGCGUGCACACUCCCACAGGCCUGGUGACCUGCUUGACUGCUUCACCUUGGCCAUGUGACUGGAUCCCACUGUGACCCAGCGGACCAGGGAAGUGAAAGCAUCUUGGAGCCGGGAAGCAGACAGACAGGCGAAAGUCUGACAUCCCCGAACCCAAGCGAGUCACUCUUCCGGGGGGGCCACGGCUCGCCCUCUCAGAUUCCUCUGGCGCCACGGUCCGAGCUUUCUUUCGAUUUUGUUAGGCAGUCUUGGCUGACCCCACGACUGCUGGUGAGUCUAGAGUCGGGUGAAGGAGCUCCGCCUUUGGGGGUUCCCCGACGUGGGGACGUGGGAGCUGGGCGCAGCGCAGGCUCCCCGGUAUCGACCAGACGGUCGGUUCGGGAUAUCGCGCGGGGACGGAGGGCACCACCACCUCGCGCCCUCUCCCCAUCUGAGCUCCGCAGAACUUGAGGCAGGCGGGGUGAAGAAUCAAAAGCAAGAGAAUCAGCUGGAUGUCGGCUAGGUGCCCUGGCGGCAGCAAGCUCCGCAGAGCCCGGAGAUGAGGCAGGGCCUCCGACCCCUGCCCCUAGCGCUCUUUUUCUUCUUGCUGAAUCUGCUGGCCCGGCCAGGUGAUGGCAACCAGGGCAGUGUCACUGGAAGCUGUUCCUGUGAUAGGAGAAUUCGUUCUGGCACCGGGAUACCGCCUGCUACUGUGGAUCAUAUCCGAAAAUACCUGAAAACAUACGAUCGCUGUUCAUUCUUCAUCAGGUUUCAGUUACCGUCCACGAGUGUGUGUGGAGGAAGCCAAGACCAGUGGGUUCGUGAAUUGGUACGCUGCUUUGAUAGCAAAGAGUGUGGAAAUGGUCACAGGAAGAGUUUCCACCACCAGGAGCAUUUGCCUCAUGCUAGCACCUGGAUCCCAGUGGCCACAGAGGGGACACCUCCAGACACAAGCACCCCUGCACCGAUUCAGAGUACCCAGCAGUCCACUUUUCCACCUGGAACACUGUCCUUGAACAAAGAGCUCACCCACCACAGCGAAUCCACUGCCCUCACGUCAGGCUAUGAAACCACGGCUCUCACGUCAGGCUAUGAUCCCGAAGCUGGACCUGAGGCUGAGGCCAAUAAAAACCGGUCGGAGGGCAACCUGCAAGAAGGAACGCCAGGAGCUUCCGCUGGCCUACCAGCCGCGGCACCAGUGCUGUCUCUCCUGGCCAUUGUUUUUCUUCUCACAGCAGCCAUAGUGUACAUUCUGUGCAACAGGAGGAGAGCGGGGCGGCAAAGCUCUGCAGAUCUGCAGCUCCAUUAUACACUUGUGAACCAAGACUCCAGAGCCUGAAGAAGAACGGAAGCUUGUGAGAGAGGACUCAGGAGGUCGGUGGCAGGCUGGGCUCCAUCAGUGAACUGGACCUUCGUUCGUUCUUUCUUAUGCUGCUCUGAGACAAUAAUCUGGGGCAGCUCUAAGUUGUUCAUUCUCUGCCUCUACCUACAAGGUUCUGGGGUUGGACAAAGGUCACAUCUGCCCUAAUUUACUUCUGUAAAAAAUGUAUAAGUUUUUAGAGUUCUGUUUUGUUUAGCCAGGGUCUUAUUUAGUCUAAGCCUGCCUCAAAUUCCCUAUGUAUCUGGGGAUGACUAUUGAUUCUCCUACCUCCACGUCCAUAGUGGAUUACAUACUUGCUGAACAUGAGAUAGAAUUCUCUAUGUAACAGCCUUGGCUAUCCUGGAACUCGCUUUGUAGAUCAGGCUGGCUUCAAACUCACAGAGAUCCACCUGCCUCUGCUCUUCAUGAUUAAUAAUAUAUGAGCAGCCCUCCUCCCCUUAGUGCUCUCCCCUGCUGCUAAUAAAAUGUACUAUUCUAAAUUAUGUGGUCUAGAAGUACAGCCCCAGGCUGGAGAGAUGGCUCAGUGGUUAGGAGCACUGGCUGCUCUUCCAGAGGACCUGAGUUCAAUUCCCAGCAACCACAUGGUGGCUCACAGCUAUCUGUAAUGAGAUCUGGCGCCAUCUUCUGGCCUGCAGG